AUGGGGGUCGCCAAGGGGGCAGUGGCGACGGUGUCGGCGAACGAGUGCGACUUCAUUCUCGCGGCGGUGCGCGACGAGCUGCGCGUCGAUGGCCGCAAGCCCUUCGAUUACCGCUCCUGGGACGUCUCUUUCGGCAGCUCUACUUGCGAUGGCACGUUCUCCUCCACGAAACCUGCUUCAUGCCUCUUGCUGGCUCCUCCGCCCCGCAUUCCGCCCCGCGCGCCUGCUUCCUCGUCACCUGUCCCGUACACGCCUUUUCCCAAUCCGUCAAUGUUGAAUCUCUUCCCCCAAGCCCUCUUCCCCCAAACCCUCUUCCCCCAAACCCACUUCCCCCGAACCUUCUUCCCCCAAAACCUCUUCCCCAAACCCUCUUCCCCCAAACCCUCUUCCCCCAAACCCCCUUCCCCCAAACCCUCUUCCCCCAAACCCUCUUCCCCCAAACCCCCUUCCCCCAAACCCUCUUCCCCCAAACCCUCUUCCCCCAAAUCCUCUUCCCCCAAACCCUCUUCCCCCAAACCCUCUAUCCCCAAACCCCCUACCCCCAAACCCUCUUCCCCCAAACCUUCUUCCCCCAAAACCUCUUCCCCAAACCCUCUUCCCCCAAACCCUCUUCCCCCAAACCCUCUUCCCCCAAAACCUCUUCCCCAAACCCUCUUCCCCCAAACCCUCUUCCCCCAAACCCACUUCCCCCGAACCUUCUUCCCCCAAAACCUCUUCCCCAAACCCUCUUCCCCCAAACCCUCUUCCCCCAAACCCCCUUCCCCCAAACCCUCUUCCCCCAAACCCUCUUCCCCCAAACCCCCUUCCCCCAAACCCUCUUCCCCCAAACCCUCUUCCCCCAAAUCCUCUUCCCCCAAACCCUCUUCCCCCAAACCCUCUAUCCCCAAACCCCCUACCCCCAAACCCUCUUCCCCCAAACCUUCUUCCCCCAAAACCUCUUCCCCCAAACCCUCUUCCCCCAAACCCUCUUCCCCCAAACCCUCUUCCCCCAAACCCUCUUCCCCCAAACCCCCUUCCCCCAAACCCUCUUCCCCCAAACCCUCUUCCCCCAAACCCCCUUCCCCCAAACCCUCUUCCCCCAAACCCUCUUCCCCCAAAUCCUCUUCCCCCAAACCCUCUUCCCCCAAACCCUCUAUCCCCAAACCCCCUACCCCCAAACCCUCUUCCCCCAAACCUUCUUCCCCCAAAACCUCUUCCCCCAAAACCUCUUCCCCCAAACCCUCUUCCCCCAAACCUUCUUCCCCCAAAACCUCUUCCCCAAACCCUCUUCCCCCAAACCCUCUUCCCCCAAACCCUCUUCCCCCAAAACCUCUUCCCCAAACCCUCUUCCCCCAAACCCUCUUCCCCCAAACCCACUUCCCCCGAACCUUCUUCCCCCAAAACCUCUUCCCCAAACCCUCUUCCCCCAAACCCUCUUCCCCCAAACCCCCUUCCCCCAAACCCUCUUCCCCCAAACCCUCUUCCCCCAAACCCCCUUCCCCCAAACCCUCUUCCCCCAAACCCUCUUCCCCCAAAUCCUCUUCCCCCAAACCCUCUUCCCCCAAACCCUCUAUCCCCAAACCCGCUACCCCCAAACCCUCUUCCCCCAAACCUUCUUCCCCCAAAACCUCUUCCCCCAAACCCUCUUCCCCCAAACCCUCUUCCCCCAAACCCUCUUCCCCCAAACCCUCUUCCCCCAAACCCCCUUCCCCCAAACCCUCUUCCCCCAAACCCUCUUCCCCCCAAAACCCCCUUCCCCCAAACCCUCUUCCCCCAAACCCUCUUCCCCCAAAUCCUCUUCCCCCAAACCCUCUUCCCCCAAACCCUCUAUCCCCAAACCCCCUACCCCCAAACCCUCUUCCCCCAAACCUUCUUCCCCCAAAACCUCUUCCCCCAAAACCUCUUCCCCCAAACCCUCUUCCCCCAAACCCUCUUCCCCCAAACCCUCUUCCCCAAACCCCCUACCCCCAAACCCUCUUCCCCCAAACCUUCUUCCCCCAAAACCUCUUCCCCCAAACCCUCUUCCCCCAAACCCUCUUCCCCCAAACCCUCUUCCCCCAAACCCUCUUCCCCCAAACCCCCUUCCCCCAAACCCUCUUCCCCCAAACCCUCUUCCCCCAAACCCCCUUCCCCCAAACCCUCUUCCCCCAAACCCUCUUCCCCCAAAUCCUCUUCCCCCAAACCCUCUUCCCCCAAACCCUCUAUCCCCAAACCCCCUACCCCCAAACCCUCUUCCCCCAAACCUUCUUCCCCCAAAACCUCUUCCCCCAAAACCUCUUCCCCCAAACCCUCUUCCCCCAAACCUUCUUCCCCCAAAACCUCUUCCCCAAACCCUCUUCCCCCAAACCCUCUUCCCCCAAACCCUCUUCCCCCAAAACCUCUUCCCCAAACCCUCUUCCCCCAAACCCUCUUCCCCCAAACCCACUUCCCCCGAACCUUCUUCCCCCAAAACCUCUUCCCCAAACCCUCUUCCCCCAAACCCUCUUCCCCCAAACCCCCUUCCCCCAAACCCUCUUCCCCCAAACCCUCUUCCCCCAAACCCCCUUCCCCCAAACCCUCUUCCCCCAAACCCUCUUCCCCCAAAUCCUCUUCCCCCAAACCCUCUUCCCCCAAACCCUCUAUCCCCAAACCCCCUACCCCCAAACCCUCUUCCCCCAAACCUUCUUCCCCCAAAACCUCUUCCCCCAAACCCUCUUCCCCCAAACCCUCUUCCCCCAAACCCUCUUCCCCCAAACCCUCUUCCCCCAAACCCCCUUCCCCCAAACCCUCUUCCCCCAAACCCUCUUCCCCCAAACCCCCUUCCCCCAAACCCUCUUCCCCCAAACCCUCUUCCCCCAAAUCCUCUUCCCCCAAACCCUCUUCCCCCAAACCCUCUAUCCCCAAACCCCCUACCCCCAAACCCUCUUCCCCCAAACCUUCUUCCCCCAAAACCUCUUCCCCCAAAACCUCUUCCCCCAAACCCUCUUCCCCCAAACCCUCUUCCCCAAACCCUCUUCCCCCAAACCCUCUAUCCCCAAACCCCCUACCCCCAAACCCUCUUCCCCCAAACCUUCUUCCCCCAAAACCUCUUCCCCCAAAACCUCUUCCCCCAAACCCUCUUCCCCCAAACCCUCUUCCCCCAAACCCUCUAUCCAAUUUUCUGAUGCAGGUCGCAUCAGGGUUGAUGGCACAGCAGAGGUACAGGUAGACACCACCUGCAUUCUUGCACGUCUCAUCAGCCCUUUCCCUGCCCUUCCUUCGGACGACGGCACAGCAGAGGAACAGCUGGGCAGUACACGCGUCCUCGCCUCCGUGUCAGUCAGCCACUUUCACGCUGCCUUCCCCUCGUCUCUCUAUCCUGCUCCUCUCAUCAUCCCCCAUGCCCCAUUUACCAGGGAUGACGGCACAGCAGAGGUGCAGCUGGGCAGCACGCGCGUCCUGGCGUCAGUCUCAGCAGCGCUCACGCUGCCCUUCCCCGACCGCCCCAACGAAGGCUCCCUGGCCGUCUUCACAGAGCUCGCCCCCAUGGCUGACCCGCGUUUUGUGCCUGGGCGCCCGGGGGAGGAUGCGAUUGAAUUGGGGCGCAUCAUUGACCGCGGGCUCAGGGAGAGCCAUGCAGUGGACACGGAGUCGCUGUGUGUGGUGGCGGGGAGGGCAGCAUGGGCGCUCAGACUGGAUAUCCGAGUCAUGGACAAUGAUGGCAACCUGGUGGAUGCGUGCUGUCUAGCAGCAGUGGCAGCGCUGCUGGCGUUCCGCCGGCCAGAAGUGACAGUGGGGGGGGACGAUGGCAUGCAAGUGGUGGUGCACUCAGUGGAGUGCACCCACAGCCUCCUCAGUGCACCCACAGCCUCCUCAGUGCACCCACAGCCUCCUCAGUGCACCCACAGCCUCCUCAGUGCACCCACAGCCUCCUCAGUGCACCCACAGCCUCCUCAGUGCACCCACAGCCUCCUCAGUGCACCCACAGCCUCCUCAGUGCACCCACAGCCUCCUCAGUGCACCCACAGCCUCCUCAGUGCACCCACAGCCUCCUCAGUGCACCCACAGCCUCCUCAGUGCACCCACAGCCUCCUCAGUGCACCCACAGCCUCCUCAGUGCACCCACAGCCUCCUCAGUGCACCCACAGCCUCCUCAGUGCACCCACAGCCUCCUCAGUGCACCCACAGCCUCCUCAGUGCACCCACAGCCUCCUCAGUGCACCCACAGCCUCCUCAGUGCACCCACAGCCUCCUCAGUGCACCCACAGCCUCCUCAGUGCACCCACAGCCUCCUCAGUGCACCCACAGCCUCCUCAGUGCACCCACAGCCUCCUCAGUGCACCCACAGCCUCCUCAGUGCACCCACAGCCUCCUCAGUGCACCCACAGCCUCCUCAGUGCACCCACAGCCUCCUCAGUGCACCCACAGCCUCCUCAGUGCACCCACAGCAUCCUCAGUGCACCCACAGCCUCCUCAGUGCACCCACAGCCUCCUCAGUGCACCCACAGCCUCCUCAGUGCACCCACAGCCUCCUCAGUGCACCCACAGCCUCCUCAGUGCACCCACAGCCUCCUCAGUGCACCCACAGCCUCCUCAGUGCACCCACAGCCUCCUCAGUGCACCCACAGCCUCCUCAGUGCACCCACAGCCUCCUCAGUGCACCCACAGCCUCCUCAGUGCACCCACAGCCUCCUCAGUGCUCACUCCCCUCGUGCACAAACCAUCCUCGGCACUCCCCGCCCCCUUCCUUCAACGUGCUCUCUGCCCACUCUUCCUCGUCCGUCCCUUCUCCCCUCCCAGCAGCGAGAAUCCUUACCCCUCAUAGUGCACUGCACGACCUGGCUCUCGCGGGAGCAUGACCCCAUACUGCUCACAGUGCACAACUUGCCUCUCGCUGUCACCUUCACCUUCAUCUACCCACCCUCUGCCUCUCUGCUCUCCUCUGCUCCCCCCCUCACAACCACCCCCCUCCCCCCCCAGGAGCGCGACCCCAUACCCCUCACAGUGCACAACCUGCCCCUUGCUGUCACCUUUGCAUACUUCAACGAUGGCAAUGACGUGGUGCGUGAUGGGUGUGCCAUGAGUGUGACGGAUCACUCCAGCGUGUCCGAGUGCGAGCAUGAGAGCAGGACUCAGUGCAUCAUUUCUCAGCCGCCCACGUGUGCCUGCCUCCUUGCUAUCCGGGGCGGGGCAUCCAAGUCAGCUCAGCAGGACGCAUGUGGUGCUGUUGAGUCGACUCAAAAGCAGACUCAUUACACGCGCUAUCCGGGGCGGGGCAUCCAAGUCAGCACGACGCAUGUGGUGGGCAGGAGGGGGGGCGAGCAUGUGCUCUCUAUCGGGUUCACAAGCACGCACGUUGAACUCCCUCCCCUGCCUGUUCUUACUCGCGAUGCGACGGAGGGAGAGCUGUCUAUUCGCUUCAGCUCAGUGCACUCAGAGCAAGGCCACAGCUUGUGGCUGUCCCACAACACAAAGCUCCAGUGUGAUGGAUCCGAGUUCCAAGGAGGAAGUGGUGCAGGCAGGGCGGCGCACAGCGCUGUUGAACCCCAGGUCAUGGAUCCCAGCUACAAGGAGGAGGCAGCCCAGGCGGGGCGCUGCACAGUGGUGGUGAAUGCGCUUCAAUCGGGGCGCUGCAUAGUGCUGGUGAAUGCGGUGGGGGAUGUGUGCAGCAUGCUGAUCUACAAGGAGGAGGCAGCCCAGGCGGGGAGGUGCACUGUGCUGGUGAAUGCGGUGGGGGACGUGUGCAGCGUGCAGAAGGGCGGGGGUGUCGGGGUGUCACUCCCCCAGCUCAUGCGCUGCUGCCGUGUCGCUGCCUCUGUGGCCCAACACAUGAUCAAAACGCUCACUGAUAAGGUGGCAGCACUGGCAGCAGAGCGGCAGCGGAGGAAAGUGAAGCGACAUGCCUCCCCUGCUGCCGGUGCAGCAGCAGCAGUGGGACUGGACACAGUGGCAGGGGGCGUAGAGGGGGCAGGGGGGCUGAAGGGGGGUGUGAUUGGUGCGGCGGAGAUUGCUGCCGUGCAGAGGAAAGGAGGGGGCGUGCGGGCAGGGCAGGCAGGUGGUGAUGGUGAUGGUGGGAGGGUGAAGGAAGAGCACAUGGAGGACGAUGAAGGGGAGGAGGGGGAGGAAGGGGAGGAGGGGGAGGAAGGGGAGGAGGGGGAGGAAGGGGAGGAGGGGGAGGAAGGGGAGGAGGAAUCAAGUGAUGGGGAGGAUGGUGAGGACGAAGAGGAAGAGGGUGAGGGGGAUGGGGGGAGAGGGGGAGCAGCAGGAGGGGGUGUGGAUGCACUCUUCGAAGGAGGGGUGUCAUCGUGGUUGCAAGAGGAGCGUGACGACAAGAAGAGCAACAAGGGAGCAACAGCAGGUGACGCCUCCUCUCAUGCUCCUCUCAUCCUCCUCUCAUCCUCCUCUCAUACUCCUCUCAUCCUCCUCUCAUACUCCUCUCAUCCUCCUCUCAUACUCCUCUCAUCCUCCUCUCAUGCUCCUCUCAUGCUCCUCUCAUACACCUCUCGUCCUGCACCAUCCCAGCCCGCCCGCCUGGGAUCGGAACUAGACGCCAUCGCCGACCUGCUGCCAUCCACUGCCGCCCCUCCUGCCCCUGCCUCCAAGGCCUCUGCCGCCCGGGCCGUGCCAGCUGCUGGGAAAGGUGAAGGGGAUUUGCCAGCGGCAGCGGCAGCGGGAGGUGCAGGGAGCAGGGUGAAGGAGGAGUCUCUCACACUGGCUGAUGCCGUGAAGAAGCCGAAGAAGAAAAAGAAGAGCAAGGCAGAGCAUUGA